GAGUUUCUUAAAUCGAGUAAAGAAGAAGAAGAAGAAAUGCCAUCAGGCAGGUUUUUUGGUUCAUUGUCAACACCAAGGGUCGAUGUCACAAUUGACACCGGCAAUCAUAUUUUGAUUCACACUUUAGAUGGUUUCUUGAAGAUUGGAACUGUGGCAGCAACAAGGUCGAUUGCAGAUGAUUCAUUUAAAGCUAUCAGUAGAGGUUUUAUCGACUUCUUUUUCCCAAAUUGUUUUUUAAGUGUUGUAUUUGUUGUCAUAUUAUCAACUUCUCAUGGGGUAGGAACGAUCCGUGGCACAACAGACUGGAAGAAUGCCAUGAUCGGAGGAGCCCUAACAGGGGCCGUUGUCUCUGCGGCCACCAGCAACGACAAAGAACGAAUUGUAUCGGAUGCACUCACAGGAGGUGCCAUUGCAACUGCCUCAGUGUUCUUAAACAACAUGUGAAAACAACAGCAAACUGAUUGUGCUUUAUUUUCUUGCAUAUCAAGUAUCUCUGAGUUGUGUGAUCCCAUUUUCCCCCUCAGUUUCCUUGGUGAA